GCGAAAUUCGCCUCGUGGAAAUUCGCCUCGUGGAAAUUCGCCUCGUGGAAAUUAGCCUUUAUUCUAUUUAUGAAUUUAUUUAAUGGAGGCAAAUCAUGCAUUUAGUUGGUUUGUUUUAUUACUUUGAAAUAUCUUCUCGUGGAGAAGGUGAGCAAAACGCAAGGCUUCGAUCGAAAGAAUGGGAGAAACUUGAAAUAUAGAUAGUAGACAUUAAGAAGCAAUUGAAAAGCAGGGUUGAAUCCAUGUUGUUAAGUUACCUGUCCUCUCCAAACUGCUUGGCUAGAUCAUAGUCUAGAUUAAACGCUGGCUUCCAACUUGAAAGGACAUUAGCGCAGUUGAUUCCGUUAUUUUCAAAAUGACUAUUGCUUAAAGACUUCCACUACCAAAUCUUGAUAAGACGAGUAUAAAUAUUCAUGGUCGUGAUUGUCUAGCGGCAAGAACUGAAACCUUGACUGCAUAGACAGUAACUGUCUCUUGAAUCAGUAGCAUAUGGCGGGCUCUUUGUGAAGCAAGCAACCGGUUUUUUGCUUCUGCCGAUGGAAGAUUUAAUGUACUUUUGUAUACAGAAAAUAAGCACCAAAAUUAUUCGCUAAAACUGGUCUAUUUCGCCUGAUUUUUUAAGGUGGUCAAAUAUAAAUACUUCAUUAACUUAGUGAAUAAUGACUACAAAAUAUUUUUCAGACUGUGAGAGUAAAGUAGGAAGCCUUCUGCAUCUUUCUUAGGAGCAAGCUGAGGCUGACUUAUUGUAAAAUGUAAUUUUGAACAAAGUUUCACCUCCAAAACGAGGAUUUUUUUGCCAUCCAGGGGUGUUUUCUAAGGUUAAUUUUUCACAUUUGUUGGCAAAAAAAGGAUGUCUCACUCACCUUUUUGGCCAACUUGACCUAAACACAUCCCUAGAGCGCAUUAGCUAGAAACUGCACUGCUUACACCCUAACAUUUUAAAAACAAAAUAGGAUCAAUCCAGCCUCAGAUUUUCGAAAAAUUUAAGAACAGCCAGCCUGAACUUCAAUUUACUGGAUCUUUUAAAAAAGAGUGUAUAUCAUUUUGAACGAAGAUCACUGUAAGAGCUUUUCAACGCUUAUUUUCAGAUACCAAAGAGCAUUUUAGGCCUUGACCAUUUCGAAUGUUAGUAGAAAGUGCAAGAAAAUAACCAACCCGAGCGAGGUUCUUAAGAAAGAUCGUGUAUGCAAAACACCUUGAUGUGUUCGGCUAUUUCCGACCAACCGACAGACCUGCGGAAACACCUGCUUUUAAAACAGGCUUUUUUAAAUGCCUAGUCUUUACAUAGUGGUCUGAAUCAUAAACACAUAAGCCAAUAAUAUUCAUUUUGAUCGAUUUUCCGUAUGUAAGUGGAUCAAUUGCUCUUUUUAUUCAUGAAGAUUCAACUUCUGUUGCUAACUCGCUGCUCAUUAUUUUUGCAACAGGAAGAAAUCGACGGUUUGUGCCAGACAGUUCUGCCCCUCAUUUUAUGCUGCUGUAUAUCCAGUUGACAGCACACCUAGACUCAGGUAGUGACCCGUUUUUUUAAACGUACCGACAACGUAUGCACAAUGGCAAGGUAUAGUAUGUUUCUUUCUUGCAUUAUCAGAAAGACAAUACUCUUUGCAAUUCAGGCGCAUCGAAACCAUCUGCUGAAAGAAGCUUUCCAGCAGCACGGGGCUUUCAACAACGUUAGCGUACUGUUUAAGAGUAUAUUAGUCGUAAGGCUGUUUGCUAACUAACUUGUCGCACCGACCCCCGUCAUUGCGUUAACGAGAUUUUCUCUGCUCGAUAAGAUCUUUAGAAGUCUGUAUACGUUUCCGUGGCGACUUAGCAGAUGAAGUUCCGAGGAUAGAAGGAAGUUGUUUCCAAAGCGAAUUCUUAUAGGAUAAACCACUCGAGCUCCAUGAUUGAUAACAAACUGUUUGGGAUGAAGUGUAUUAGGCCAGCAGAACGCCUAUGAGAGGGACAUGCUGUUGUAUUUAAUAGAAUCUGUGAGCAUAAAAUCAUUGUACAAAUAUUAUCACGCUAAUGCUGAUCGGUCUUUCCAUCUGGACUAUUUAAGAUGCACGGGAGUACGUGAGUUUUUCAACGCCGUCUUGAAAAUUAAAGAAACGUCGAUCGUCACCUAAAAAUCUGAAGUAUAAUUUAAGUGUACUGUCAAACGUACGGUGUGAUUUGAGAAGGUCAGAUAGAUGAAUGUUAAUAAAUCGUUAAAGAACAGUGUCUCCAGUGAUUAUAUUGUUUACCGAGGACUGUUUCAUCAUUCAGUACCGGCUUGACAGCUUUCCUGUCGAAUAUCUGCCCGAUUAACCGAAGUUAUUAGUCAUGUCGAUUUGACCCAAGAUGUGACUGAUUUUUGCCACAAAUUCGCCCGUUUCUUUAAUCGAUUUGAUAGACUGUUUAUUUUUGCUGGAUUUUUGUGAGCUUUCGCGAUGAAGUUGAUGCUGCUGUACGAGAAAAAACGACUGGUUGUUGAGGUUGGAGAAAAUGAUACUGUUAAAACACUAAAGGAGUUUUUCAUCGACCACUAUUCCCUCAAUCUUAAGUCUUCGGGAGACACAGAGGAUAUGAUCUUGAGAAUUGUAUAUUCCGGUUCACAAUUGAAAGAUGAUUGGAUUCUUUCCGACAUUGGUAUUUUACCCGGUUCCAUUUUGCAGUGCUUUUUGCAGUCACGUGAUAAGAUAUUUAUGAGGGCAUAUACCCCAUUUGACCAAAAAACGUACGAUUUCACCUUACCACUGGACGUUGAAAAAACAAAUGUUGGAGAGUUUAAAUCUAUGAUUCAAGAUGUAUCUGGAAUUCCGGUUAGUGUUAUAAGGCUUUCAAAAAUACCGAACGGAAUUGAACUCUUCGACAACCGGUCUCUUGAUGACUAUGAUGUCAUGAUUGGUGAUACAAUUCAUGUUGACAUUUGGGAUGGCAUGGGCGAGCUGCUACAGUCUGCAUUCGCUGGUGACGUAACUGCCACUAUGAAUGCAAUUAUCAGCAGUACAGAAGACCCAUCUUUGCAUAAAUAUCAGCUUCGGGUUGCUUUGUUCAUCGCGUCUUUUACCGGUUCCAUUCAACUCGUGUCACAGCUUUUAAAAGCUGGCGCUCGGUGUGACGAUCCAGUAGGCGAGCAUCCAGCUAGAGUUUGGUGUAAAAACGUGUUCUCCCACCCUCUGAGUCUCAGAACGCCAGCUCAUGCUGCUGCACAAACUGGAAGAAUAUCCUGCCUUCGGUUGUUUAUUCAUCAUAACCGGGCGUGUAUUCUUGUUAAGGAUGGACAUGGGUGUACACCUACGGGCGUAGCGCGUAGAUACGGGCAAAGAGAAUGCUUUAAAUUGCUCAUAGCUGAACAAUUCAGGAAACAACAGUAUGGGGGACUGAGUCUGUCGAUUUAUGGGAAAGUCAGAAAAUGGUGCGAUCGUGCACGUGACCGAGUUGCAUAUUACCGACUAGAUCCAAACUUUCCAGUACUUUUGUCAAGUGUAGACAAAACUGGCCAUGCGGCCGUUGUUGGCUCACCAAUUCAAGUUAAUGGGUUCGGAGAAAACAUUCAAAACAGUGCAAUUAAGCUUGAAAAAAGUAAAAUAGAUGCAAAGUGUCAAUGGCUGUGGCCUAGGCGGGACGAAAUUUCAAGCACACUGAAAAUUGAUGACCAAAAGGGCAUUAAGAAACCAUACCGGUCAUUGCCUCCUGUCCGAAAACAUAACAGUUUGAAGGCAAAGCUUUCAUUGAAGCGAUCAAAUAGCCUCGAGAGCGUCAUGAGCAGCAAAGCGUCUUCAGAACUGAAGCGUAGUUUCAAUGAAGGCUAUACAAAUUGGCAAAGGAGACAAAAAUUAAAGAACACAAAAAACCAAGUGUUGAUUAAUUCUAAAUGCAGAUGCAAAGAAUGCAGCAACUGUAGUUGCUGUGGCGCUGUUCACCUUCCUGAUAUCCAUAGACCACAAUCAUUAGUAGCACACCAGGAUUCAAAUCCAGACCACUUUUUCAUUACUGAAGAUAUCAGAAGCCACAAUCGCAUAAUACGUGAAGAAAGCGAACCGGAUGCUUCGAUUGCCUCCAGACGUAUAGAUUCAGAUAUUCGAGCGAGGCCUAAAUUGAUACCGAGGUCGCGAACACGCUUGUCACGUGACGUUCUAACAGACGAAGCUCACAGCGUCAUAGAGCAGGCUACAGGACAAACAAGUAGACAGCUUGCACAUUCAAGUUUGCAGGUCUGCGAGACAUUUACAGCUGUUGGUUGGCUCAAACGCUUGCAUCUAGCAACAAAUUACAAUCGUAAAACAUUGCUCAGAGGCAUGCGAGAUAAAGGACAAAGCUUGAGCGAAUCAUGUCUUUCUUCCAAUUGAAGUGCCAUAACAAAUGUUAUUUCUUUUUUCUAAUUAUCAAAUCAUGUGAUAUUUGGUUUUGUCUUAAAUUUUUAUUUAGUUCUUUUUGGCCUCAUUUGGAUCUUAAGAUUUCCAAGGAAGAAAUUUAACAUUUUUCUAACUCCGCCCUAUUUAAAUUGAAUUUUUGUAUUAGCAAUCCAAAAAGCCUAUAUUUUAGGAACUGAGCUGCUAAACCGUUUUUUCGUUAAAUGAUAUUGAAGCAAUAUUUAUGUAUUCCACGUGCAAACCGAACAAAUUUGACCUGAAAGAAUGAUUUUGUAAUAAUGUAUUAUGGAUGGCGUGCAAUUCUUAGCUCGUAAUCAUGUUCGCAUGAAGCUGUUAGGUGUUAAAAUGUGUGUUGUAGUAUGUGCUGUAUUCUUUGUAAAUGAAUGGUUUCGUCAUUGCUCUAUUAUUUGCAUAAUUUUCCUUUACGAAGGAUAUGAUCAAGUUGUACAGCGUAAUUCGUCAGACCUGUGGAGGAGAAACACGUCACUUGUUUGAUCGAAUAUAUUCUUCAUUGUCCCAACUCGCAAGUUACUUCACCAUGUGUUAAUUAGUCAGGGAUUGGUCUCAUUUGUGCUUUUACACGUUCAUGUUGAUUAAAGUUUUUGUAAGCAAAUAAUUAGCGAUGUUAAGCGAGUAUCCAGAGAAUGAAGCGUGGCAUUUCUUUUAAAGGCAGCCAAUAUGUUAUUCAAAAGCAACUUAAUAAUUAUGUCAUUAAUUUUUACAUUCAAGGCUUUUUUACACAACUCUUGUGAAAUAGACGGCUUGCAGUGCUUAUCGGUUGAUUCGGGGGGUCGAGCGUUCACGACUUGAAAAUGUCAGCGCAAAACAUUUAGCAAUCUAAAAUUUAGAUUGUGGCUUUCCUGAGUAAUCGAGAGAACCCGGGUAAUCUAGGAAUCUAAGAAGAGGGUUAGUGAGCCGAUUUCCGAGGCCCUGAGCCUUUCAAAGUCUAUAAACCUC